AUUUUUACUUAAUUCUCAGAAAUGAAGAAGAUGGAUCUUAAUAAUGAAGGCUUGGAUUUUGUCAUCCUAGGCACUGGACUCACUGAAACCUUGUUAGGGACUGACCUCAGCCUUGGGGGUAAGAAGGUCUUGCACGUUGACCUGGGUAGUUGUUAUGGCGGAGCUCUUUCUAACUAUAACCUUAAAAAUUUCGUCACCUUUGUGGAUACAUGGAAGGAGAAAUCCAAUUCAAACGCUCUGUAUAAGGGAUCAUGUCUCAGAAACUUCCAGACGGUUGAUAAACUUGACUUACAUGAAGAGCUGAUUAAGUCUGAAUCGAGGAACUUCAGUUUAGACUUGAUUCCAAAGGUAAUUUUCUCCAAAUCCAAAAGCGUGAACUAUUGAUUGGAUAGUGGAGUCUCCUUCUAUCUGGAAUUUCAAAACAUCAUCAACAACUUCAUCUUCCUGAAGGGGAGGUUUAUGAAGAUUCCCUUCAGCAAGAGUGAGGUGUUCAUGAACACCGAUCUCAGCUUGGCUGAGAAGAGGAAUCUUGUGAAGAUCAUCAACCACUCACUCCACUUCUACGACAAGUAUGGGGAGAAGGAAGAAGAAGAGUACCGGGAUCAAAACAGCACACAUACUUAUGAGAAAGAUAUUUAUGUCACAGAGAAAGAAGACGCCGAAUUUGAGUCUUAUAGGGAUAAACCUAUAGCAGAGUACCUGGAACACCAUAAGAUCGACUCAGGACUGUGCUAUAUUUUAUUGUAUGCAUUAGGAAAUGUAAAUGAGUCUCAAGAGAAGCCAGAAGAUAUUUCUCUUGAAAAAGUAUCAACUUUAGAGUUUUUCGCCAGAAUUUCUAAAUACCUUAGAUCUAUUGGAUACUAUGGUCACACACCCAUGCUUAUGGCUAAUUAUGGAACUUCAGAAUAUGUACAGAGCUUCUCAAGAGUUGGAUCUUUAUUCGGAGCUAUCUAUAUGCUGAAUGACACUGAUCUGUCGAUUUCUGAUCCUGUAAUUGUUGAGAACAAACUUGAGAGUAUAGAGCUUUCUCUAAACGAGACUCCUUUAAGACCUACAGAAGGUUUUAUUGUUGGCAAAGAAUACGAACAUCUCUUCACGGCUGAAGAGACAAGCCUGUUCACUGAAGAGACCUGUUACCCAAUUGUAUGCCAGAGGAUGGUGAUAGUGAGUCAUAUUCAGCUUUCUAAAUCAGAAAAAGGGCCACCUAUCUUCAGUAUCCCUCCUAAAGCAGUGAACGAAGAAAGGAAAUUUGAUCUAGAUAAUAAACACCCAAUCAGAAUUAUCCAGCAAGGUUUCGGGUCAGGGAUUACUCCUAGAGGUUUCUAUUGCUAUCACAUCUCGAUGAUCCAGAACUUCGAGCACAAGGAUGAUUUUUCAGUCCUACUAGAACUAAAAGACCUUCUGUUCGGGCAUGACUCAGUAGAAGUUAUAGGAGAAGGUCGCCAAGAAAACAAAGAUGUCAUUAUUCAGACAAUGAUGGACAUCAUUGAGAGAAAGAAGCAGGAAGAGGAAAGAAGGAAUCGUUUCAAUAAACAAAAAGAGCAAGAAAUGCUUGACAAAUUAGAGGAAGAAAGACAAAUCCAAGAAGCCAUCAAGAGGUCACUCCAAGAAUCAGAAGGAACUAUCGAUGAUCAACAACAAAAUGAUGGAAAAGAGGAGGUAACCAAAGUUGAAGAAGAGAAAAAGGAGGAACCUGAAGAAGAGGAAAUAAAGAUUUAUGAAUACUCUGAUCUAGCAUCUAGUGAUAUAAUUUACUCCUGAGUAUACACCCAAUAUUGUCGUAAGCCAGACACAACUCCUGGGUCAAAGCUUACUAAGGACAUUACAAAUGCAUGGGUGAUUGAAGAUGCCACAUUCGAUCUUGACCUAGACGAGUAUUUCAAGAUAGCAGAAGAAUUUAAUAAAGAACAUCUCAGAGAUAAAGGCGGCCAAGCAGAGUUCCUCAAGAGAGAAAAUCUUCCAAAAGAAGAAGUAUAUGGUGCAGAUAGCGAGAAAUCAGAUGACAUGCUAGAUGAACUCGAAAAAGACAUCUUCGGGGACACUGAAGAUGCAAAAGAACAGUCUUCAGUCUCAGAGACUGCUAAUACCGAUAAGCAAGAUGAGGCAGAAGUUAAAGUUGAUGAAGAAAAGCCAGAGCAAGAGGAAAAUACUGAAGAAAAAGAGGCUGCAGAGGAUGUUGAUGACCUUUUAGACGAUCUCCUUGAAGAUAAUUAGUUUCAAUAGGCAAUUUGAA